AUGUUAAAUAUUGGAUUCCAAUUCACAUUAAAACAUCUCAAGAGAUAUAUGAAUAAUUCAAGUUAUAAUGAAGAUGACAUUGAAAAAAUCGAAAAACAGAAUAUCGGUAGAAAAGUAUUUCUCAGAUUAACUAUACAAAUGUUUACUAAUGAAAAUGGUUCAUUCAAAAUUAAGUUUGGGAACACAACUGAUAUUAUGGAGUUAGUAGAAGAACUCAAAGAAAAACAAGAAGAACACUCUACAUCUGUUGAAGUUGUAACUGCCUUUGAAUUUAAUAAAUUACGUGAUAACUACCAAAAAACAUUGAAAGAGAAUAAUAGAAAUAUCAGUAAUAUGCUAAGUGAGAUUAAAAGAUUACAUGAAGGAGAGUAUAGUGUUGAAUUGUUAGAUCCAUAUUAUGUCCGCAUUAUAUAA